CAAAUCGGCACGUGACACGGAAGUGACUACGAACAGGAAGAGGACGAAAAAAAUAACCGUCCGCGACGCCGAGCCGAACCGGACCCGCAGCCACCAUGAACAGCAAAGGUCAAUAUCCAACGCAGCCAACCUACCCUGUGCAGCCUCCUGGGAAUCCAGUGUACCCUCAGACCUUGCAUCUUCCUCAGGCUCCACCCUAUACUGAUGCUCCACCUGCCUACUCAGAGCUCUAUCGUCCGAGCUUUGUGCACCCAGGGGCUGCCACAGUCCCCACCAUGUCAGCUGCAUUUCCUGGCGCCUCACUGUAUCUCCCCAUGGCCCAGUCUGUGGCUGUUGGACCUUUAGGUUCCACAAUCCCUAUGGCUUAUUAUCCAGUUGGCCCCAUUUACCCACCUGGUUCAACAGUGCUGGUGGAAGGAGGGUAUGAUCCAGGUGCCAGGUUUGGAGCUGGGGCUACUGCUGGCAACAUUCCUCCUCCACCUCCAGGAUGUCCUCCGAAUGCUGCUCAGCUUGCAGUCAUGCAGGGAGCCAAUGUCCUCAUAACUCAGCGGAAGGGGAACUUCUUCAUGGGUGGCACAGAUGGUGGCUAUACCAUCUGGUGAAGAACCAAGGCCACCUCUGUGCCGGGAAAGACAUCGCAUACCUUCAGCACUUCUCACAAUGUAACUGCUUUAGUCAUAUUAACCUGAAGUUGCAGUUUAAGACACAUGUUGUUGGGGUGUCUUUCUGGUGCCCAAACUUUCAGGCACUUUUCAAACUUAAUAAGGAACCAUGUAAUGGUAGCAGUACCUCCCUA